AUGUUUGGAGAAGAGGUCAGUUUCCAGGUCGCGUUUGGACUCUAGCCCUUCUGACUAUUUGAAUAGAAGAAAGACCUUGAAGCGGGAUUCAGAAGCCUGACACCCCCAAGAUCGCUGCUGAGCUACGAGGAAUAUCGGUAUUCGACUCCAGACAUUUUCUUGGUUACUUGGGAUGGGCCCGAUGACCCGGAGAAUCCGCGGAAUUGGACUACCGGCAAGAGUAUGGGUUGUCCUCUGUUCCGAUCCGAUUGAUAGAUCCUGAUGCGUACCCUUGAUAGAGUUUUUGGUUGUGAUUGUCCUUUGUGUCAACACCUUUUGCGUUACAAUUGGUUCGGCGGACAUCUCUCCUGCAAUUCAUCGUGUAAAGCUGCAAUAUGGUAUCAGCACGGAGGUCGCAACACUGAUGCUGACUUUGUGAGUUGGCUCUCUUUCACGGAGCCUGGAGUGUGUCUAACAGGAUAUAGCUACGUUUUUGGUUGGGCCACAGGGCCACUUAUAUUCAGUCCAGCGAGUGAAGUAUGAAUAAUUUCCGUCCCUUCUCGAAGUUAGCCACUGACCGAGAGUAGAUAUUCGGGAGAAACUCUGUAUAUCGGCCAACAUGGGCUCUCUUCGUGCUCUUCAAUUUAGGUUGUGGUCUCUCAAAAGACUUCACUUCCCUUCUGAUCUGUCGUCUCUUUGCCGGCAUCUUCAGCUCUACAGCUACAGCUGUUGGAUUUGGCUCUGCCUAUGACAUGUUCCAUCGUACGCCCUCCCCACCGUUCGUCUCCCAGAGAGGAAAUUCCGCUAAUAUCUCCACUACACAGCCACGCAAGUCGGACCCCCUGCGUUCCUGAUGGCCAUGUGUGCGUUUCUCGGUCCUGGGUUUGGCCCUAUCGUCGGGGGUUUUCUCACCGAGUAUUCAGGCUGGGAAUACAUCCUCUGGUUCAACUUUAUCUUCUCUGCGUCGGUGUUCGCCACUUGGUGGCUGGUGCCGGAGUCACACCCCCAAACUCUGCUCACCCGCAAGGCUCGUGAGCUGCAAAAGAAAACCGGAAUAGAGGGGUUGUACACCGAGGCACAAAAGACUGGGCUGUCAAGAUCUAGAACUUUCAUCACCGCUAUCUGGAGACCCUUGCAAUUGCUCGCCUUUGAACCGAUUGUUUUCCUUACUUCCCUGUUCGUCAGCUUUAUCUGGGGUAUUUUAUACCUAUAUCUCGGAGUACGUCACAAAGCACCCUGAAAUGCGGUUUUGGAUAACUAACAGGGGCUCAGGCCUACAUAGUUGUUUUUAGAACAAGAUACGGCUGGGGAGAAGCUAAAGCCGGAGCAGCAUUUGGUGGCAUCGCCCUAGGAAUCCUCCUGGCGGGGGGUAUGGCGGGCAUGGCGAACAAGAUCUUCGUCAAGCUGUCCGAAAAACAUGGCAAAAAUGGAUCGUUCCCCGAAGGUCGUCUUCCCCCGGCCAUGCUGGCGGCACUUUUGGUUCCCGCCAGUAUGUUCUGGUUUGCAUGGACUGGGUUCACCCACGUUCACUGGGCGGUUCCAGUCGCAUCUGGCAUCCCCUUUGGUUGGUGUAUGGUGAUGUUGUUUGUGAGUUUCUACCUUUUUUUUUUUUUUUUUUCCUUCCACGAGGAAUAUAUACACCUCUGGUUCGAUGGAUUAACCAACCGCGGGAAUAGAUUUCAUUCGCCACCUACGCUUCCGACUCGUUCCCGCAUAUCGCAGCGUCGAUUGGCGCUGCUAGUUCCCUGCUCAGAUGCAUGUUUGCCAUGAGCUUCCCGCUGGUGACGCCCAAGCUUUACGAAAGGUUCGAACCUGAGUGGGCCGAGACCAUCCUCGCUUCCGUCACUCUCUUGUUCAUCCCCGUUCCUUUCUUGUUCUGGAGGUACGGUCCAUGGUUGAGAAGUAAGAGCAAGUUUCAGUCCAAGUUUCUUUAAUUCAUGACCUUGGACUUUUUUUUCCCUCUCUUCCCCUCUAGUUACCAAAAUAACCUUCCUUUUGGCGUAACGCAUAGGGGUUUGCGGGGUGGUAUUCAUUUUACACAUACCAUACAUAUGGGUGGAGUUUGCACUGGAGUUUGGGUAGUUGGUGUGGGUGUUUUUUUGUUUUUUUCCGGUUAAGGUCUCAAAUACCACUCGUAUUC